AUGACUGAGAACGCUCAGUUCAUCCCUUCAGCUGAAGCUGCUCGGGAGUUUGAAGACGUCAGACGCCACGGAGAUGUUGAUAAAGGUCAAACAGAAGAAGAGAUGUUCAGCGAUGCAGAGGACAAAAGAAAGGAUGAAAGGAAAACAAGUGUCCUCGAGGAGAGAGAGUGCAAGCAGAAGCUUCUGGGAGUGCUGGGCGAGAUGAAUGCUGUUCAUUCAGAUAGACUCACAGUUUGGAGAGGAACCCUCCGAGAGUGUGCCGCCCUGCUCCAGACGUCUCCAGCAGAUGGUGAUCCAUCUCCAUCAGAAUCUUCUCUCAGCGAUCUCCUUCAAUGUGUUGGUGAGGAUUUUUUGUCCAUCGUGGAAAAGCUGCACUUCAUCAUUAUGAAGCUGGAUGCAGCAGUUCUCCAAUCAUUUACAGAGGAGGUCUCCGGUGUGUGUUCACCACUGCAGGAUUCUGCAGACACAAAAAACAUUGACAGUGAACCUGAUGAACAGGAGGAUGAGGAUGGAGGUGAUGGGAGACGGACAGCUAUGUCACCUGACACUGAGCAAACACCGGAUUCCACAUUCAGCAGUUCUGGCUGCAAUAAUACGGCAGAUAGUGGAAAAGAAUUACAAGCCAAAGGUCAAUUGAGGGACUUUCUGGAGAAAUCCAUUCAUCCUCAGGCUGAUUUAGAGAAGGAGACAGAAAAGGACCAAGAGAGAAUUACCGAGGAGAGCAAAGAAGAGAAAAAAGAAGAGACAAAAAGUGACUGGAUUACAGUGGGGCUCACCGGUCAGGUGCAGGAUGCCGACUGCGGAGUACCAGACGCGUGUUUCAUCAAAGUGCCUGCGGGCACACAUGCAGCUCUGAGAUGCGAAGUUGCAGACAGUCUGAGUUGCCUGAUGGUGACCGACUCGGAGGAGCUGGUCAGCAGAGUGAUCCGAGUCAAAGUUCAGGAUGGAAACACCUUUCACUUUCCGCUGACGGUGAUUGUGCCUUUUCAUGCUCGUUACCGUGGAAACUACAGGGAUGUUGCCGUGAAGAUGAUGGACGAAGAGAGGAGGGUUAGCUACGUCAGUCCUGUUACAACAGAGGGGUUGUACGGAGGACAGAAGGGCUCGUUUGCAGAGGUGAAGGUGUACUCGCUGGGUCUAUUUGCCGUGGUCUCCUGUCUAAAACGGGAAAAUUACACCGUUCAAAGGAGGGGUCUGUCACUCAGACUCGUCAUGGACCCUCGGAUCUGUCUCAACUACCUCCCAGGAUCCUUCACUGUGCCUGUGAUGGCACAAGCCAUGAUUCAGCCGGUGGAGGCCGUCCUCCUGACUGCCGUCAAAUCCAGAAAUGACGAGUAUCGUUCUGUGGCGUCUACCAGCCCGCUGCUCUACCUCACCCACCCCAGAUCACAGCCGCUCAGGAGGGCCCUCGCCGUGACGCUGCCGUGCCCUCCCAACCCUGAAAAGAGGAAGAGCCAAAAAGAAAACCAAGACUCCCUCCCCGUCAGUGCCUCCCUGCAGUGGGAUCACCGAGUUUCAAACAGAAAAAGGAUCUCGGCUGCUUCGGUGAAGUCGAAGGAGAGGUACAACGAGUCUCUGGCUGUGCUGGGCUCAGUGGAGAAACAGUGGAGGGUUCUGGAUCAGGUGUCCGCCAAGAACCAGCAGAAUGGACUGGUGUCCUUCGACGUGAUGGAGAACUUUGACAGACUGCUGGUGGUGCGUCUCCUCGGCCCUCUGCCCCCCGGUGUGCUCGCCUCCCUGGCGGAGGAGCUGGAGGAGGCGGUGUGCUGCCACAGCGUGACCGUGGUCCUGCAGCGGCGGCAGGACGAGCCCCACGCCGUCCUGGUGGCCGCCCUGCCCAGCAGAGACCUCGGCUGGGAGCUGAGCCGACUGCGGGCUCAGGGCUACAGCGGCCCGGCGGAAACCUCGCCGGAGGUCUGCAUGCGCGAGGCCGAUCAGCUGCUGCUCCGUUUCAGUGGCAACAUCACCUCCAAGGUUUGUGCUCAAGAUGACAAAAACAAGUCUGCACUCCAGCGACUCACCUUCCACAGCCAGAGGAAGAAUCACCUCCUGCUGCAGCUGACCGAGGUGGACCCCUUUGGAAACUACAGCUCGCCGCACUACAAGGGCACGCUCCUGUUUCACAAGGUCACCAGAGGUCAGCUGGAGUGGCGAGGGGACGAAGCCGCCCUGAAAGACACAAAACUCCUGGGGGAACCCGUCUGCAAGCUCUCGCUGACCCUGCCGAAGAAGGCGAGAAAGACAAAUCAGCCAAUCACAGCUCGGGUGAAGAUGUGCGAAGACUCAGAUUCCUUGUCGGACUCUCUUCUUCAGUGGUUGUCUGGCGAGCUGUCGGAGGAGGAGCUCCCCCUGCUGGUCGCCUCCCUGCGUCUCCGGCGAAGCGCCGCCCAGAUGGCGAAGCUGCGGGCCGGGGACGGCCCGUCCUCCCGGGCGUUCCACAUGCUGGCCACGUGGAGGCGGGGGCUGCCCGCCAUCCCCCACCAGCCUAAGGCCUCGCAGCUCGCUCGCUGCCUGGCCAAGAGCGGCAGGCCGGAUCUGGCCCGGGAACUGCUGCUGAGACAGGCCGCGGGCGCCGGGCAGAGCCCGCGCUAACAGCUCACACUGUGGGUUAAAUGGCGUCCAAAGAGUUGGUGGUGGUGGACUAAGAUCGAGAUUACAUGUUCUAUCUGUGUAUGAUCCCACAGUCAGGACCACAUGUUACAGAGUGACUCUCUGUCGUA